AUGCCCCCAUGGGAACUAAUUCGAAUGAGCUACGACCCUGGUCUCUAUGAAGAUUCUGCAAGCAACUCAUCGUCCUCUGCAGCAAGUACUACUCUCGACUCUAUCGACUCCAUGCCUUUGGAUCCAAGCAUGUCGUUACGCAAGCACAAGAAAUGCUCAUAUCAUGUGCUAUUAAAGGAGAUUCGGCGCCUUCGUGCAGAGAAUGAUGGCUUACACAAGAUGGUCGAUACGAUCCGGGAAGAUUUACGCUACGAGCGUGAGUCACGACAGAUAUCAGAACAAUGUCAUCUCAAGUAUUACAAUGAAUCAGCCGAUCGUCAGAUUGAAUUAGAGGAUGAUGUGGCAGACAAGCAAAAGCUUAUUGACGAUCUCAAGCAACGCAUUCAAGAAUUAGAAGCAUCAUCAGCAUUAUCAAAAUCAAUAUCCACGCCAACACCCAUGCCAACCAAUCAUCCCCUUGCAGCCAUUGCCACAACCACCACCACCACACACAACAAUACGAAUUCUUCAUCUUCUUCACGUUGGAGCUGUUUUGAUUUCGACGACGACGAGAUGCUAUGCCAACCGUUGGUAGGCGACUCUGCUAUUCCCGAUAUGCCGUUUGUCGAUCAUAGCAACCGUAACAAUGAUACCGACACCAGUGAUGAGGAUGACGAUGAUGAGGAUGACGAGGAUGAAGAAAAAGACAAUGACGGCUUGACAGACAAUGAACGCUUUGAAUCGCUUGCUGGUUCUUACCUCCAUCAAGCCAUUAUUUCCAAAUUGACAAGCGCACGUGCCAAUCUUGAACUGGAUGAUUUGAUGCUAAAGUACGACCCAUCCCCUGCCGUCGUCUUACGUACGCUUGCCACCUCCUUUGUAGCCUGGAUUGGGAAUGUGGUCAACAACAGCAGCAACAACGAUGAAUCCAUUGCCAAAUUAUGGGCCUUGGCUGUCACCGAUGGAUUCCUUGCCUUUUGGAAAGCCAUUCUUCAAAAACAUGUUCAUGAUGAAGCCGAUCAGACCCAGUUCUUGAAUGAAGCCGAGCUCUUAUUGAACCGACAAAAUGCCGCUGGUGCCUCCUCCUCCUCCUUAUUGGUCGACAAUUACCAUCGUCUCUUGAUCAUGCUCUACAAGUACGACAUUGUGGAUGGUGAUGCAAUUAGUUCUUGGUGGCAUGCAACAACAACUACAACAACAAGCCCUCAAGAUGUAGCCCAUCGUUUACGUGGUGUCACUCGCUCUUUUACAGAAUGGCUUGAUGAGGAUGAUGAGGAUGACGAAGAUGAUGAGAUUAUUGAUGACGAGGAAAUCGACAGCGAUAUCGAUCACAGUGACAGCGACACCGUCAUUGAUUCAUUGGAUAAGCAUGAUCAAGAACAAGAUGAUAGUUUAUUGGAUCACAUGCUUCAAGAAGAUGAUCGGAAUUGUUGUGCCUGUCAAUUCGAGUCGGACAAGACCCCAUGCAUCGACACCACCAUUGCACAUACCACCACACCUACCACAACAACCACAACCCCCACCGCCUCCUCACCUUGUAAAUGCGACUUUACAUACACUGAAUCACCCACUACUACCACUGCCACCGCCACCACCACUGAGAAGAAACCCAAGAAAACGGUUCGGAUCAUGUUGUAA